GUGUGUCACUGUGGCUCAGUUAUGCUGUCCUAACAACCUCACUUUAGUCUUCUGUUCUUAUGUAACAUGAAGAUAAAUAUUAAAAGCCAGAGGAGUAGGAUUUUCCAUAAAGCAAAAACAUAGCAACCAGGUGUCUGAUCAGAAGCACACAUCCAAGAAGAGGCAACUAAAAUGGAGGACACGCAAAUGCAGGUACAGCGAGGUGAAGCGCAAAGCUGACAAAGGGGUUGGCUUUCAUCCCCUCGCCAUCAUCCGACCCCUUGUUGAGCCCGGGAGGAGGGGCUAGCUUUAAUAAUGUGUUUACAAACCCCAACUGACAAUACUUUAUUUAUCUGGGGGGGGAUUUACUUUUUACACUUAAUCCAUUUUAGAAUGAACUAAAAAUAAAAGAUACAUUAAAACAAAUUAAAUUAUUAUUAUCAUAAACUAUAAAGUAAUUUUUUUUUUAAUAAACAUAAGAAGUCAAAGAAACAUUUCCAAUAAAUUAUAAAAGAAAAUAAAACCUCAGAAGUUAAGAUAAAGAUCUGCACAUACCACAAUAAAUAUCAUUUAUUUUAAAAAAUAAACACAGUGGUGUGUUAGCAUUUAUUGGCGGGGGGAUUUGUGACGGCUGCCCAUCAAAAAGUUGACUGUGUUUCUUCCAUACUAUUUUAAAUAAUACAAUUUAAUAAUCAGAGAAUAAUAUUAGGAGCACUGUGGUUGUUCCCCGUAUCUCACUUUGAGCGCACCUCCCUCCCUUUUUCUCUCCCUCUAUCUCUCUCCCUCCUGCUGUAGCACUAACGACGGCUGAUUCAGAAUCGGUGGCCGCGCACACACACACACACACAGACAAACAGACACACACACACACACACACACACACACACACACACACACACACACACACACACACACACACACACACACACACACACACACACACACACACACACACACAGUGGCGCUCAGCAUUUGCCUGAGAGACAGACCUUUUCUCUGUCAGAGGAGCACAAAGUGCAGAGGAGGCUGUCGGUGUUUCAGCGGUCACACUCCAGAUCCAGGAGAGGGGUGAGGGACAGGGAGUCAUGCCCAGCAGGAGAGCUUCUCUUUGGGGGAGAACGUACUUACAUCUGACCUCAAGACAAACUGGACUUGUGAUGUUUUUUCUAUAAAGACACCGGUUAUUUUGAAUCACUCUUGUUAAGGAUGUCAAUGGAACGGAGGGCCCUGCUGGAGCAGAAGCAGCGGAGGAAGCGGCAGGAGCCUCUGAUGGUGCAGCCCAACACCGAGGCCCGGCCCCGGCGCUCCAGGACGCGGCGGGGGGAGGAGCAGGCCCCUCUGGUGGAGUCACAGGUCCACAUUACCAACAAUGUCAUCAUUGAUGGUAUUGAUGGCCCGGCAGCUUUCCUCGGCUCUGAAGCUCCUGAUCUGGGAAUGAAAAUCCUGUCAGUCAGCCAGACCCAGACCCUGUCCCAGUCCCCUGUUGCUGAGGAGCCUGAGAGAGAUGGAGACACUGAGACGCUGCUGCAGCCAAAGACAGAUAUCCACGAGUUACUGCAGAAACAAGGUCUGUGUGGCAGUAUGAACUUUGAUGAAGACAGCGAGCAUGAGGACGAUGGUGAGGAAGAACGAAUGCGCUCCCUGUCCCCCAACGCUGACAUCAGACCAGCCUCUGCCGCCAGUGGCAAGGACAUUCCAGAGGGGAGCUCCGGAUCUCCCACAGCAGAGAGCGCACUCGAUGUGGCUAACCUGGAGGAGUUUGUCCUGCUUCCUGCUCCACGUGGAGUUACUGUUAAAUGUCGAAUAACCCGGGACAAGAAGGGCAUGGACCGCGGCCUCUACCCCACCUACUUCAUGCACAUGGAGAGAGAGGAUGGCAAGAGAGUCUUCUUGCUGGCAGGAAGGAAGAGGAAGAAGAGUAAGACAUCCAACUAUCUUAUUUCAGUGGAUGCCACUGAUCUGUCGAGAGAGGGGGAGAGCUUCAUAGGAAAACUGAGGUCCAACCUCAUGGGCACCAAAUUCACAGUGUAUGACAACGGCACCAAUCCCUGCAAACACCCCGGGACGCUGCUGGAAGAGAGCAACACCCGACAGGAGAUGGCUGCUAUCUGCUACGAGACCAACGUGCUGGGAUUCAAAGGACCUCGUAAGAUGACCGUCAUCAUUCCGGGUAUGAACAUGAACUUCGAUAGAGUCCCCGUACGACCUCAAAACGAGCAGGAGAGCCUUCUGAGCAGGUGGCAGAAUCACUCUCUGGACAACCUGAUCGAGCUGCACAACAAAGCCCCCGUGUGGAACGAUGACACCCAGUCCUACGUGCUCAACUUCCACGGCCGCGUCACUCAAGCAUCAGUCAAAAACUUUCAGAUAGUUCACGACAACGACCCUGACUACAUCGUCAUGCAGUUCGGCAGAGUGGCUGAAGACAUCUUCACUCUGGACUUCAACUACCCCAUGUGUGCACUGCAGGCCUUCGCCAUUGGCCUGUCGAGUUUUGACAGCAAGUUGGCCUGCGAGUAACGCUUAAUUCCACAUCACCACAUUUCCUGUCCUUCCCUCAAACUCUUCUCCAGGGGCUGUUUGGAAGCCGACAGCUUGCACCACGGAGAGCUGGUUCACGCAGAAGUCACACAGAUACGAGACUGAUAAAGAGGAUACUGAUCAGAGAUUUGGGUGAUCCAACAACCGUCUUGGUUCCAUUUUAGGGUUAGGAUGAUCAGUUUAACUGUGUGUAUGUGCACACGUAUUAAAAGGGAAAAGAAAGAGCAGAACAUACUUUCAUAUCUUGUCAGACAGGCUUUUUUCUGUUGCCUUCCUUUGAUUUCACUCUGUCGUUGCUCAAAAGAUGGCGAUGUCUGAGAUGUUACUCAACAGAGUGUAAACCAUUUUGAAUUACAAAAACAUGGCCUUUCCUCUGGCGCCACCCUCAGGCCAAACGUUAGAGUUAUUUAGUGAUAAGGGACUAAGAAAGCAAAAUUCAGUUUUGCAUCAAAGCCAGCAUUUCAAUGUUGUUUACAUCUUUAAAUGUGGCUCCAUGAUUUCAUAUAACUCAUGUUGACACUAUUCUCUUAUCAUCAGUUUGUCAACUCCUUCUCGUGUGGAAGGUGCCUGUCUUACGGUUUUUGUGUUUGUUUUUUUUGUGAAUAUGUGUCAUUUCUAUCUUGUGACUGUGAUUUUUCUUUGUUAUAACACGUUGGAUUAUCAUUGAAAAAAUAACAUAAACACAGAAUUGCACAUUUAAAGAGGAAGCAUUAACAUACUGUUUAUACAAUGCCCUCUUUUUAAUCCAUUUUUAAACAACAUAAAAUACUAAAUGUCCUUUCAAGACAUGGAUUUUUAAAAUAAUGUAUGCAUUAAUACACUACACAGAUCUUAUAUUUUCAUUGGAGCACAGAUUUUAUUGAGUUAAGAUGGAGUUGGAGGCAAUUUUGUACAGCCCACAUUAAAUUGUAUUUGCAUGGAAGUGUCUAAAAUAUAACUGCCAGUGUCUCUUCAACUCAAUGUCUUACCCUUUACAUUUUAAGGGAAACUUAAGGGAAAUCGAUUAAAGCUGGCAUCCUUUACAUCAUCAUUAAAUGUCCCUUACAUCUUGUUUAUUUACUGUACUGUAAUGUUUAAAAUGGACCUGAAAACAUCUGUAUAGUACACAUAUUUUUAAGGACAUAUCUAAUGCAGUUACUUUAAUCAGUCUAAUCUGGAACAGAACAUAUGUUUAGGGCUUUUCAGGUUUAGAUCUCAUUUGAAAUGUUGUUUCUUGAUCAGAAAUCCCAAACAAAUACCUGUUUUAAAGAAAUUAAUAAUACAAAUAUUUUCAACUGUGUGCCAGGAACUUAUGAAAAUAGUUGUCAUUUUGUGUGCAAUGAAGUUUUAAAGAGAGGAAAAAAAUGUAUAGAAAAUAUUUGUGAAAUAUAUCAUGCUUUUACUAGAAGAGACUGUUGUGAUGCACAUUCCAGUUUAACGUUUGAAAGACACAACCAGAUAUACGGCUGUAUUGGAACAGAUGAAGAUUUAACAAUGGACGAUCAAACCUGAAAAUCAUGGUGAAACACAGAGAGAGAGAGAUGAAUGUAUUCAGUGAACAAUUUAUUUUCACUUUCGAGAGAAAAACAAAAAGUACUUAUUUCCAUCAUUGUAAAAACAUUUAAUAACCAAAAUAAAGACAUUUUGAAAGUGC